AUGGCCGGAGUGAACGGAGAUCGGAAAGGUAAGAAAGAUGACAACGGCCUUAGCUCAGCCAUCGACUUUGUGCUGUCCAACGCCAAGCUGGUGCUGGGGGUCGGCGGAGCCGCCAUGCUUGGCAUCGCUACACUCGCUGUCAAGAGAAUGUACGACCGAUCCCUCAGCGCUCCCUCCAGCCCCACCAAAACCAACCAUUCAGGAAAGAGGAGCUGGGAGGAGCCGAGUUGGCUGGGGUCAUCGCCACGGACGCUGAACCACGACAUGAAGCAUAACGUCAGCCGGUCACUGCAGACGCUCCCCACGUCCUCCAGCUCGUUUCAGACUGAUUUUCCACAGAGGACAGCAGGACGUCCCAGCAGCAGCAGGAGCAGUAGUAAAGCGGCGCUGCAGCGGGGGCGGAUGCGUCUGUCUCUGCAGGAGCACCUGUGGGCGUUUUAUCACGAGCGUGUGAACAUCUCGCCCGAGGAGCAGCAGGCAGCUCGACAUGCUGCCCUCGACAUCUGUGCAGAGCUCCGAGCCUUCAUCCACACCAAAGUGCCAGACAUGCCACUCCGAGACAUGUACCUCAGCGGCAGCCUCUACCAUGACCUGCAGGUGGUGUCGGCGGAUCACGCUCAGCUGAUGGUUCCUCUGAUCCUGGAGAAGAGUCUGUGGUCCUUUAUUCCCGGUGAGGAGACCAUCAUGAACGUUCCCGGGUUCUGGCUCGUGCGUCGUGAGAACCUGGAGUACUUCCCUCGCGCCUGUAGCUAUUGGGACCGCUGCCUGAUUGGCGGUUACCUCUCACCGAAGAGCGUGUUGGAGGCAUUUGAGAAGCUGGUGACUGGAUGCAUGAACUGGCCGGCGAUCGGCAGCGUGCUGGGCUACGUGGUCCGUCCUGCCGUCCCGUCGCACACAGAGGCGCUCGCGCUCUCUCUGGAGGUGCAGUACGACUCCGAGCGACGGCUCCACGUCGACUUCCUGCCUCUGCUCGUCUCCGAGGACGCCGUGUCUCUGAUCGCCAAGCCGCACCGUGAGCGAGAGAACCUCUGGAGGCAGAGUUUCUGGUCGGCGGAAACGACAAAGCUGCUAGCUCUGGACCGAGACGAUAACGGCUGCCGCUGUGUUUGCAUGAAGAUCGCCAAAGCCGUGUGCAAACUGAACCCGGCUCUGACGCCGCUGAACGCCAGCCACCUCGCCAACGCCGUGCUCCUGCUGAGCGAGAGUGAGCGCGACUGGAGCCGCGAGGUGCUGGCCGAGCGUUUCACGCAGCUCAUCCGUGCGCUAGUGGGACACCUAGAGGCCGGGAGGCUGCCAUGUGCCCUCGACCCCAAGGUCAACCUGCUGUGUGAGCUCACACCGAGAGAGGUCGACGAACUGGGGUACACGCUGUACUGUUCGCUAUCAGACCCUGAGAGUCUGCUCAGAACUGUGUGACUACGCACACAUUAAAAUGUAAAGCUUGACACUGAUACCAAACUAGCUCAUGCACCAAUUAGUUGAAUAAGGUGUGUGUGUGUGUGUGUGUGAGAGAGAGAGAGAGGAAACCUCUCAUUUCUAAAAUAAUCUGCUGCUAAGCUGUAUCAGUGUUGAAAAGGUCACGUCACCUCACUCACUCGUCUGCUCACGCUGUUUUCAUUCAUAAAACAGCGAAGUGUGUGUGUGUGUUAGCAUGUCAACUAGUGUUGCUAAUGUAAGUGUAUGUGCUUGAGAUCAAAACCCUGCCAUCUGAUUUGAUGAAUUCAGAAAGAAUUUAAAUAAAUCAGCGCUGAUGUCAUAAAACUCCAGUCUCAUUCUUCAUAACGCAGUGCAGGGCGGAGUUACUGCCUGCACCCCGGGGCUGAUUAAUUUCCUAUAACAGCACCUCCCCAUGUGUUUUAUUCCUCUUACACCACAGCAGCUUACCAGUGAGUCAAAUUAGUUGUUUGUCAAAGAAUUACGCCAUACAGUUUGACCGUUUGUAGUUGCAUUUAAACAAGUUAGUUCCUGUUGUCACUUACGUUAUAGCAGCUAUAAACAGUCCCUCAGCUGCCCUCUCUUUAUUCUCUCUCUUUAUACUCUCUCUCUAUUCCCUCUCUAUUUUCUUUCCACAAGGAAGUGUAAAAUCCUCUGACCUGAAGAUGUGGGAAAACUUAAAGCUACAGCUUCACCUCUGACUCUUACAACGUGCUGACACUGGAGACUCCUUCCAUACACGUUACAUAAACGUUUUAAUGUGUGAAAUGUGUCUUCUGUACCAGUCCUUGUGAAUGAGCCGUUACUAUAGAAACGAUAAUGAAAUGUUAAUAAUGAACGAGUGCACUAAUAUAAACCUGUGAUGUGCAGCUGCACUACUGUCAGAGCCGCUGUUAUAGAAAACUAAUCAACAUCUCCUGACCAAUCAGCAUCGAGAAUUCAGCAGCACUGUGAAGUAACCAUGAUGUGAUUUAGAGGUUUUAUUUCUGUCCCUCAUGUCAUUUUAUUAAACCAAAUAACAUUCUGAUUUUCAUCGUUUGAUUUAAGGACAUUUUGAAUUGUUUUUCAAGUUUCUUUUUUGUCCAUUAAGCCUCGUGGAUUGUGUGUAUGUAUGUAUGUAUGUGUGUGUGUGUGUGUGUGUGUGUGUGUGUGUAUAUCUGUGUAUGUGUGUAUGUAUGUAUGUAUGUAUGUAUGUAUGUGUGUGUGUUAAUGGAUUUAAAAUCCUGAGUAAAUGUAUUGCCGGAUGAGAGAAUACAUCGCUGUGAUGGAGGAUGGAGACGUUGUAGAGGAGAUUAGAGAUCAUUAUGCAAACAUCAUUUUUAAUAUAUUUUCUUUUUCACACGAGUUUUUUUUUUAUGCUUUAUUGUUUAUUAUAAUAGAGUUGUAUCAAAUCCUGUGUGUAAAAUGAAAAAGUAGUUGUUUUUAGAAUUGAUGUUCUGGAAAUGUUCUGGAUUAAUAAAAAAAAAAAUCAGUAGCAUAAACUGUUCCUAUAUGCUGAUAGACAGGGUAUGUAUAUUUUGGUACUUUAAGAAUUUUUGUUGUUUUUGUCUUGUUUAUUGUUUGCUGAGGGUCGUGUCUGUUGAUAAUAGAUGUCUCCAAUCUGAACUUUCUUAGCAUUAAAAUGUUUACGUAAUGCUAAUGACCUUCGGCAAAUGAUAAAUGGUGAUAAAAAUAAAUAAAUAAAUGUUAUGAAAGUUAUUUGUAUAUGAAAUGAAACAUGAAGUGAAUGCAAUAAAUAUACCUAUUCUUAUGUCA